AGUUUCGGCGGCGCCUUCAACGCGAGAACUGGGGGCGCGGCGCGCCGAUCCGGCCGCCUCCGUGCCCUCGGGAGGCGCGAGUUAUGGAGCCCCCCAGCUGCAUUCAGGAUGAGCCGUUCCCGCACCCCCUGGAGCCCGAGCCGGGCGCCACUGCGCAGCCUGGCCAGGGGAAGCCGGGCGACAAGAGGUUCCGGCUGUGGUACGUGGGAGGGUCGUGCCUGGACCGCAGGACCACGCUGCCCAUGCUGCCCUGGCUCAUGGCCGAGAUCCGCCGGCGCAGCCAGAAGCCCGAGGCGGGCGGCUGCGGGGCGCCGGCGCCCCGAGAGGUGCUCCUGGUGCUCAGCGCGCCCUUCCUGCGCUGCGUGCCCGCGCCGGGAGCCGGUGCCGCUGGGGGCUUUGGCCCUACGGCCGCGCAGCCCAACCCGGCAGUGUUCAUCUUCGAGCACAAGGCGCAGCACAUCUCGCGCUUCAUCCACAACAGCCACGACCUCACCUACUUUGCUUACCUGAUCAAGGCGCAGCCAGACGACCCGGAGUCGCAGAUGGCCUGCCACGUUUUCCGCGCCACAGACCCCAAUCAGGUUCCCGAUGUUAUCAGCAGCAUAAGGCAGUUAUCGAAAGCUGCCAUGAAAGAGGAGGCCAAACCCAGCAAAGACAACGAGGACGCCUUUUACAACUCACAGAAGUUCGAGGUCUUGUACUGUGGCAAGGUGACCGUGACCCACAAGAAGGCCCCGUCCAGCCUCAUCGACGACUGCAUCGAGAAGUUCAGCCUGCACGAGCGGCAGCGCCUGCGGGUCCAGGGCGAGCCGCGCGCCGCGGAUGCCGGCGAGGACCCGGCGGUGUCGGAGGCCCAGGCGCCCGCUUCCCCCGCCGACGUUCUGUCCGAGGAAGGGGAUGGCGUCACCGACCCCCACCCCGUCUUUCCCGCGGCGCCCAGCCAGCCUGGGCCGUCCAGCUCUCGAGUCUGCUUCCCUGAGCGGAUUUUGGAAGAUUCUGGCUUUGAUGAACAGCAGGAGUUCCGGUCUCGGUGCAGCAGCGUCACCGGUGUCCUGCAAAGGAAAGUUCACGAGAACAGCCAGAAACCGCAGCCGCGGAGGAGGCAUGCCAGCGCGCCCAGCCACGUCCAGCCCUCGGAUUCGGAGAAGAACAGAACGAUGCUGUUUCAGGUUGGACGGUUUGAGAUUAACCUUAUCAGUCCAGACACUAAAUCACUUGUACUUGAGAAGAAUUUUAAAGAUAUCUCUUCUUGUUCCCAGGGUAUAAAGCAUGUUGAUCACUUUGGCUUUAUCUGUCGGGAGGUGCCGGAGCCCGGGCUGAGCCAGUAUAUCUGUUACGUGUUCCAGUGUGCCAGCGAAUCUCUGGUUGAUGAGGUAAUGCUGACUCUGAAACAGGCUUUCAGCACGGCCGCUGCCCUGCAGAGUGCCAAGACCCAGAUUAAGCUGUGCGAGGCCUGCCCUAUGCACUCUUUGCAUAAGCUCUGCGAAAGGAUUGAAGGUCUCUAUCCGCCAAGAGCCAAGCUGGUAAUACAGAGGCAUCUCUCGUCCCUGACAGAUAAUGAGCAAGCUGACAUCUUUGAACGAGUUCAGAAAAUGAAGGCAGUCAAUGACCAGGAGGAAAACGAACUUGUGAUUUUACAUCUGAGGCAGCUGUGCGAAGCCAAGCAGAGGACACACAUUCAUAUUGGGGAAGGCCCAUCGACUAUUUCAAAUAAUACAAUCCCAGAAAAUGCGACAAGCAGUGGAAGGUUCAAACUUGACAUUCUGAAAAAUAAAGCCAAGAGAUCCUUAACUAGCUCCCUGGAAAAUAUCUUCUCAAGGGGAGCUAACAGAAUGAGAGGUCGGCUUGGAAGUGUGGACAGCUUUGAACGAUCCAACAGUGUUGCUUCAGAGAAGGACUUCUCCCCAGGAGACUCCCCGCCAGGGACCCCACCAGCUUCCCCACUGUCCUCAGCUUGGCAGACGUUCCCUGAAGAGGAUUCCGACUCCCCGCAGUUUCGAAGACGGGCCCACACGUUCAGCCACCCACCUUCCAGCACGAAGAGAAAGCUGAAUUUACAGGAUGGGAAGGCUCACGGGCUUCGCUCCCCUCUUCUGAGGCAGAGCUCCAGCGAACAGUGCAGCAUCCUUGCAUCAGUUCGGCGCAUGCACAAGGAGAGUAAUUAUUCCUCCAGUCUUCCAAGUCUUCACACUUCCUUCUCUGCCCCUUCCAUCACUGCCCCCUCUUUCCUGAAAAGCUUUUACCAGAAUUCAGGUAGACUGUCCCCACAGUAUGAAAAUGAAAUCAGUGAUGGAGAGGGGAGAAAAAGGACCUCGUCUACCUGCAGCAAUGAGUCCCUAAACGUUGGAGGAACCCCUGUCACUCCUCGCCGAAUUUCCUGGCGGCAGCGCAUCUUCCUUAGGGUUGCCUCUCCCAUGAACAAAUCUCCCUCGGCCAUGCAGCAGCAGGAUGGACUGGACACGAAUGAGCUGCUGCCACUGUCCCCUCUUGCUCCACCCAUGGAGGAGGAAUCGCUGGUUAUAUUCGUGUCUGAUGACAAUGACCCAGAAAAGGCUGAAGAAGGAAAAAAGUCGGAGGAACUGAGGAGUUUGUGGAGAAAAGCUAUACACCAACAAAUCCUGUUGCUUCGAAUGGAAAAAGAAAACCAGAAACUUGAAGCAAGCAGAGAUGAACUCCAGUCCAGAAAAAUUAAAUUGGAUUAUGAAGAAGUUGGAGUAUGUCAGAAGGAGGUCUUAAUAACCUGGGAUAAGAAGUUGUUAAACUGCAGAACUAAAAUCAGAUGUGAUAUGGAAGAUAUUCAUACUUCUCUUAAAGAAGGUGUUCCCAAAAGUCGACGAGGAGAAAUCUGGCAGUUCCUAGCUUUGCAGUAUCGUCUAAGACACAGAUUGCCUAAUAAACAACAACCUCGUGACACAUCCUAUAAGGAGCUUUUAAAGCAGCUCACGGCUCAGCAGCAUGCUAUUCUCGUGGAUUUAGGGAGGACAUUUCCUACUCAUCCUUACUUUUCAGCACAGCUUGGGGCAGGGCAGCUGUCUCUCUUUAACCUCUUGAAAGCCUACUCAUUGCUGGACAAAGAAGUGGGUUACUGUCAGGGGAUCAGCUUUGUGGCUGGAGUCCUGCUUCUACACAUGAGUGAAGAGCAAGCCUUUGAAAUGCUGAAAUUCCUCAUGUAUGACCUGGGCUUUCGCAAGCAGUACCGACCUGACAUGAUGUCACUACAGAUUCAAAUGUACCAGCUGUCCAGGCUCCUUCAUGACUAUCACAGAGAUCUCUACAAUCAUCUUGAAGAAAAUGAAAUCAGCCCCAGUCUUUAUGCUGCCCCCUGGUUCCUCACAUUGUUUGCCUCUCAAUUUCCAUUAGGAUUUGUAGCCAGAGUUUUUGAUAUUAUUUUUCUUCAGGGAACUGAAGUUAUAUUUAAGGUUGCCCUCAGCCUGCUGAGCAACCAAGAGGCACUCAUAAUGGAAUGUGAAAACUUUGAAAAUAUUGUCGAAUUCCUUAAAAGCACGCUCCCUGAUAUGAAUUCCUCUGAAAUGGAAAAACUUAUCACCCAGGUUUUUGAGAUGGAUAUUUCUAAACAGUUACACGCCUAUGAGGUGGAGUAUCACGUGCUGCAGGAUGAGCUCCAGGAAUCUUCCUAUACCUGUGAGGAGAGCGAACCCAUGGAGAAGUUGGAGAGGGCCAACAGCCAACUGAAAAGACAAAACAUGGACCUCCUAGAAAAAUUACAGAUAGCUCAUGCUAAAAUCCAGACCUUGGAAUCCAACCUGGAAAAUCUUUUAACCAGAGAGACCAAAAUGAGGUCUUUGAUCCGGACCCUGGAACAAGAGAAAAUGGCUUAUCAAAAGGCAGUGGAGCAAAUUCGGAAGCUGCUGCCAGCAGAUGCUCUGGCCAACUGCGAACCGCUGCUGAGAGACUUCAACUGCAACCCUAACAGCAAAGCCAAGACAGGAAACAAGCCGUAACUGAAGACGUGCCACCCCAGCAGGAAGUGCUCUGAGGACGCUACCAACAGAAGGAGUCUGCAUGCUGCUGGCCCAGAGCUGACAGAACCACGGAACUGGUUCCGAGCCCAAGUCAGAGCCGGUAACCCUCGCUCUCCUUAGAGCAUGCCAGUUCUAAGCCAUUGUACAUAUGUAGACUGUUUUUUGCUGUCCUUGUUGACUAUGUACAUAUAUAUAUAUAAUGGACAUAAAGAGUUCAUGCUUUCACAUAAAGGAGUAGAUAUAUAUUUAGAGCAGUUUUUAAAAAAAAAUCAAAACUUCAUGAAAUCCAAACCAAAGGGAAGUUAAAAUGAAAUUCCCCUUGGACACAUGUGAAAUCAUUUGUUUUUGUAGUGAAACAAAGCUAGAACAUCUUUGUAUAUUGAAAUAUACUUGAAAAAAAUGAAUGUAUUUUUUUCUCCAAAGAACAGCAUGUUUCACUCAGUGGUGGAGAGGUGGAAACAUUUGUGUAGCUUUAUGUGCAUCUGUCUUAAAAUCUACUGACAUUUUUAAUAUAUAUAUAUAAUAUUAUAUAUAUAUAUAUAGUAUAUAAUAUAUAUAAUAUAUAUAUUAUAUAUAAUAUAUUAUAUAUAUUAUAUAUAUAUAUAUGAGGAAAAUGACUGAUUGCCAGUCAAGCUCCUUAUGGGUUUUUCAGGAAAGUAGGGGCCGUCCCCUGCUGCCUGCUGUGUGCCAACGAGAAUGUUGCAUCUACAUGCAUUUUGAGUCUGGUCAGGCAUUACUUUAGGUGUCUAUAAGGAGAAAGCAAGACUGUGGCUGAGUUUGCCCACCCAGCUCAAAGUGAAAGAGAACACUACUAAUUUUCUAGUAAAUUAGACCAGCAUUGUUACUUAAACUAAAAAUACCAGUCCUCAAAAAUUUAAUUUAGGACCUAAGUUGUCUAGAUCUACUUUCUACCUUUUUAUUUAAAUUAUUCCUACAGUUGUGAAUGAACUCCCCUUUACUUGGUGCCACAGUUGGUGAUAAGGAUUUGCCAUUUCCCACUAAAAUGUAGGCGCUCUUACCUUAGUUCUCUCUACCUUAAAUGGAGGAUAAGGAAAUGAAAUUAUGAUUGGUUUUCUAAAGAUGAUGUACUGUGUUGAGAUACCAUUUUUGUUUUUUGCCGAUGGACAGGUCUGAUAAGUUUGUAAUCAUCUUCCCCUUCCAUGUGACAAUUUAUGAGAACUGUGGAAUAUUUUAAGUAAACUGUUGAAAUCCAUGGGAAGGGAAGGAGAAAGCCCUUCUAAAACCUACAACUCUGCGUUUGGACUCCUGACUUUCUCAGUCUACAGAGAGAUUAUUCGUGGACAUUCAUGCAUGCUUGGUGAAUGGAAGGAAAGUAACUUAAAAACUUAAUUUUUAAGUUACACAUGGAAUUUCUCCAUUUCAGAGAUGAUUCUAUGAUAGUGCCUCGGAAAGUUGAUAACAGCGUUUUUGCCUUUCCAAACAAUAUUUUUCGAUACUGCUUUUUGCAGUACUUGUAUUAUCACAGAUGGAUUACCAGGGAUAAUUUUCUUCAAAGGGAGUUUGUUAUACACAAGCUACAAUGUAUUAUAGAGUAGAAGAAUAAAGCUCUAAAGGUUUCAGAAAACCUUGAGCAGAUGAUAAGCAUCUCAAACCCCAUUACUCAGUGUAAUAUAGUGACUCUUGUUACAAAUCAGCAUGCCCUCUAAUCCAGGCAGUUUCUCAAAAGAAAAGGAAGUCUUACUAGUAAAGUUAACGGAACUUCUAGGUUCUAGAAAAUGCUGACCCAGUCAGUUGGGGCCACCAACUCUUUUGUUGCUUGGAUUUCCCUCAAAUUUCUCUAUUUGUAGGAGAGGUAUUUUCCUAUGAGGAAUAUGACAAAUAUUAUCUGGCUACUGUCUGGUGAUGAAAAUUACCUCAUGUGUAAUACACAGGUGGUAGCCAGGGAAUCUUCAAGUUGGGAGAAGAAACUUUUCCUUUCAGUUGUUCCGUUUAAGUAAAUUUUAUUCUGGAUGUUCAAAGUCAACGUUAGAGUUCUAUUAUGGUGUUCAGAGCUUAAGUUGUCUUGGAUACAAUAUUUCUUUUGAAAAUGCAUUUUUCUUUUGUGGUCUUUUAAAUGUUGCAACGAUUAUGCUUCAUGCAUUGUUACAUCUUCAUCCUAUUAAUGUAAUGUCUAGUUCAUUUCCAAUAAAUACAUUG